AUUUAUUAUCAAAACAUUUGAAAAAGGAAUUGCAUGUUCUACUUGUAUUUAUAAAAUCAUUGUAACUGAGAGACUUAAUUGCAAGCAGAAUGUCUAUAUUACAAGUCACAAAAAUUAGUUGCUUUUUACUGAUUGGAAUCCUUCCAUACGCAUUCGGUUCCUGGGAAUGUAGUUUCCAAAAGGGAAAGUGUCAUUGGUCUACUGGAAAGGAAUAUUGCAACUGGAAAUGGACAAACAAGCAACUUGAUGGAGUUAAAGGUUACAUGGUUUCCACUGGACAAAGCAGGUGUACAUCAAGAAUGACAUGGCAAGCGGCUCAGUGGGGAGAAAAUGGGAAGCCUUUUUCCUUUUUAUAUCAAAUAAAUGGAAAUGGUAAAGUUAUCUUAACAGUAUUUUGUGUUGAAUAUGGUCUCCUUAGUAGUACUUAUCAUCAAAGAUGGGCUUGUAAUGCAUCUCCAGCUCAUGAAUGGACAAAGGCUCAUAUUGAUUGUCCUUAUAAUCUGGAUAACAUCAUUAUUGAAGCUGAGUUUUUGGGCAAAGCUAAUGUUACGAUUGGUAAAAUAUGGAACGAACAUGGGCGCCAAACAGAAUAUUCUUGUCCAACGAUUCCAUACACACUGCCACCAACUAUACAACCACAAACACACGGGCACCAACAACACUAAUUACAACCACAUCCCCACUGACCACCACCACUUCACCAACAACUACAUCUACACUAACUACAACUACCCCACAACCCUCAACCACACCAGCACAAACUACAACUGCAACCACAGCACCAGUGACUACCACCACCACUACCACUACCACUAUACCACAAACUACAAUCACACCCCUAACAACAACCACUGCAACCACACCUCCAACAACUACCACCACAACCACACCACCACAAAUUACAACCACACCCCUAACACUAUAACUACAACAUUACCAGCCACUACUAAACCAGAACUAACAACAACUACAAUACUAACUACACCAACCAUCAAAACAACCCUUUCACCAAGGACAUCAACAAAAGGUACAAACCUCCCAAGCUCAAUAAUGAGUUCAACAAUGGAAUAUUUUUUAAGCAAAACUAUUUCAAAAUUAUUUGCGACUUUCCAUCCUGGUAAAGAUAUUUCAACAGUUUCAAUAUUGGACAUUAUAAAGAACAAUACAAAGAUGUUUAAUACCAAUACUCCUAUGCACUAAUCGUUUAUAGCAUCUACAAUUAACAAUAUACAACCAACAACUUUGUUUAAUAAUAGCACAAAUGAACAGAAACAGACUAAGACAACACCUGUAGCAAAUCAAGUUACUAACCCAAGCAAUGGUUUUACUGUUUACCCAUCAGGAAGGGUUAAUAUCAUAUCUUAUUCCACCACUGAGAGUAGCAGUAAUAAAUUUGAUGAACUGAAAAGCUAUCUUCGCAAAAAAAUAAUAAUUAUUCUUGCUUCCAUUUUUGAUAUUGCAUGCAUUUAGGCAAUUAUCUACUUGAUUAUGUGGAGUAUACAAAGGUCAGAUUUGCUAAAUGAAGGGAGAUUAGUCUAACAAGUUUUGAUCAUAGACAGAGCUGCUUAAUAGAUCUUACAUAAAAUUCUGUCUGCUAACACACACCCACAUACAGACACACUCACACAGUUUGUCCAUAAACUAUUGAUUAUGCUAAGCAAUGAAUUUUGGUAAUAGAAAUGUAGAAUAAAGUAUACAGUAUAUAGAAUA